UUACUGAGAAAUCUCAUUAAUACGACAGACGAUGAUCUUUUGAUACUUUUCACAGCAGAUACACAAUAUUUUUUUCAAUGCACGAUUGGUAAUGAUGCUUGCAAAUUAGCAAGCAAAUCGAUCCGAUUUAAAAACGGAUUAGCUCUAUAUUUAUACGUUUUGGUUUCAAUUUUCAGCCAAGUUAUUCGUAAAUUGAUACUAUCGAUGAAAUCAAAACCAUCAGCACUGAUUUUGAACGGAGAUCUGACUGGUUACGGUCAUCUACAUGAAUUAGAAACUUUUAAGGAUCAAUGGUUAACUAUUCCAAUUCGAAUAUUGCCUGGAUUAGGCAACCAUGAUUAUGAAAAUAAUGUCAACGAUUGUGUUGGUAAUCACUGCGCAAAUCGGAUGCUUUAUUGGUUAUCUUUGAUUCCUGAGAAUAAUGAUCUUGAACUUGAUUAUCAUAAAAAGCAAGAAUUCUUCCUCAAAACGACGUAUUUGGGUAGUUUUGCAUAUAAAAAGUUUAUCUGCAGUCCGUCAGGUGCGAAUUGUGCUUAUGUGAUACAACUACAUAAUCGACCGAGUUAUGUUGCUCAGAUUGAAGCACCAUUCACGUCAUGGCAAAUAACGAAUUCAUUUCAAUGGUUGACCAAUGUAUUGAAUUCAUUUAAUCAAUCGCUGCCAAUAUUCAUCAAUUUGCAUAAUUUAGAUUUGAUAAGCCGAAUCAAAAUCAGAGAUAUUUUAGACAAAUUAAAAGAUCGUAAAUUGCGCAUAUUUAUAUUGCAUGCUCAUAUACAUCACUAUCAUCGAGUGGAUAUGAAGUGCACUAAAGCUGGGUCAAUACCAUCAAUAUACGUCGGAUCUGUGCCAAAUAAUAGGAAGGAUAGCAAAGUAAAUAAUGGCUCGGAACUGUAA